GGGAUUACGUGAGUUGUGACGGAUGCCCAUUAGGGUCAAGAAGGUUGCAUUAAGUGCCUCAGGUUCAGAGUGAAGGUCCCGACAUGAGUUGGUCUCUGUGCCGAGUGUCCGCAGCUCUCCUGCGCCAGACCGGGCCCCGCCGGGGGGCGCUGCUGCUGACAGGCUGCCGGUGGCAGAGUCAGGGCUCUGCGUCUUCGGAACACCUGGAGAAGCUGGUGAAGAAGGACAAGGUGGUUGUGUUUAUCAAGGGCACCCCGGCCCAGCCCAUGUGCGGCUUCAGUAACGCGGUGGUGCAGAUCCUCCGGAUGCACGGGGUGGAGGAAUAUGCGGCCUAUAAUGUACUGGAGGACCAGGACCUCAGACAGGGGAUAAAGAACUUCUCAAACUGGCCCACCAUCCCUCAGGUGUAUCUGAAUGGAGAGUUUGUCGGCGGAUGUGACAUCUUGCUGCAGAUGCAUCAGAACGGAGACCUGGUGGAAGAAUUGAAGAAGCUGGGAAUCCGAUCGGCGUUACUGGACGCAGCGCCGAGCCAAGAGAAGAAAUAAAGCGCAGAGCGUAUUGUAAACCUAUACUGAACUCUUGAUGACGACGACCAUCCCUUCUGACACCACAAAAGCCUUAUAUAAUAUGGUGAACUCUCGCGCAAGUAAAAUUCACUUGCUGCAUACGUAAUCUGUGGAAUUUCUGAAACGGGGAGGGGAAAAAAAAUGUUAGGUUUUCUUUUUUUCUUUUUUCCUGUUGGGGACUCGAAAUACCAGUGUUGCUUAUCUGUUGAAAUGCCAGUGUUGCGCUGGAUGGGUUAAAUCGGUGGUGCUUUCCAAUGUCCUGGGCCUUUCUGGCAGUAAAAAGGGUUAACCCUGUAUAAUAAGGCAACGACCACUGAUCUGCAGAGAUGCAAAUAUAACUCUAGAAUAUAUUGUAAACAAUAAAUAUAUGAAUUUGUUAUCAUG